CCCUCCUCUCCGGGCCUGCGUGCGCGCGUCUUCCUCCUGCACGCUCCGCCGCUAGCCAAGCACUCUCGCCGGAGCCUGUGGCCCGCGCGUUCCUUUUACCAUUUGGUUGCGGAGCGGGCGGGAUCCUGCGCCGCGCUCGCGGCAGCAGUGGCAGCCCCGGCGGGCUCGGGCGGCGGCAGCGGCACGCGAGCCCCGAGGAGGACCGUACCACCGUCCGCCAGCACGCGGGGGGAGCCGGUUGCCCCCGCUGCACACGCCUCGGCGACCCCGCGGGGCUGAGGCGUCGCCGCCGCGCCCGGGAGCGUGAGCGCCGAGCCGCCCUCGACCCCGAGCUCGGAGCCCCGCGGGCCGCGCCCGCCGCCGGCCCCACCCAUCCGGGCCGAGGAGGCCGCGGCCAUGGCCGAGACGGAGGAGAGGAGCCUGGACAACUUCUUCGCCAAGAGAGACAAGAAGAAGAAGAAGGAGCGGAGCAACCGGGCGGCGAGCGCCGCUAGUGCUGCGGGCGGCGCCGGCGGGAGCAGCGGGGCCGGCGGGAGCAGCGGCGCGGCGGGCGCGGCGGGCGGUGGGGUGGGCGCGGGGACCCGGCCAGGCGAUGGCGGGACCGCGGGCGCCACGGGCCCCGGGGCCGCCGCCAAGGUUGUGACAAAGGAUGAAGAUGAGUGGAAAGAAUUUGAGCAAAAAGAGGUUGAUUACAGCGGCCUAAGAGUUCAGGCAAUGCAAAUAAGUGAAAAGGAAGAAGACGAAAAUGAAAAAAGAGAAGAUCCAGGUGAUAAUUGGGAAGAAGGUGGAGGUGGAGGUGGUGGUAUAGAAAAAUCUUCAGGUCCCUGGAAUAAAACAGCUCCGGUACAAGCAGUGCCUGCUCCAGUAGUUGUUACAGAAACCCCAGAACCAACAAUGACGAGUGGCGUGUAUAGGCCUCCUGGGGCCCGGUUGACCACAACAAGGAAAGCACCACAAGGACCACCAGAAAUCUACAGUGAUACACAGUUCCCAUCCCUGCAGUCCACUGCCAAGCAUGUAGAAAGCCGGAAGGAUAAAGAAAUGGAGAAGAGCUUUGAAGUAGUAAGACACAAAACUAGAGGUAGGGAUGAGGUUUCAAAAAACCAGGCCCUUAAACUUCAGCUAGACAACCAGUAUGCUGUGCUUGAGAAUCAGAAAAGCAGCCACACACAGUACAAUUAAGGAAUGGUGUUUGCUAACCCUUCUAAGGUAACUAGACCACAGCUAACCACCACGGACAGCCAUCCAUCAUCUGAUCUCUGCUGGAUCUACAACUGAUACAGACCACUCGGUAUACGUGACCAGACCUAUUGCACUAUGGAAAUUUAAAGUGUCACAACUGCUCUUUAUGUGUAUUGGAUUUAGGGGGAUUUACAUUGUUAUAUAAAUGUGUGAACUAGAUUCAGCAGUGUUCUUUCAUAAUUACUCUUCAAAUACAAAAAAAAAUAAAAAAACGGCAGCCAGUGGUCAUUUCAAAAUCUUUUUAUGUUCAGAUACUGAGCCUUCGUAAGGGUUGACUACCUCAGAUUUGCUGCACUCAUUGUGGACUUCAUGUGGAUCACAACUUCUGGAUAAGAAGGUUACAGCUAUUGUGUCAGUGUGAAACUUGAAACCAGCUCUACUGGAUUCCUAGCAGAAAUCCUGCAGAAAGUCAGCCAUCUGGGUUCUGAUCUGCUGUAAAAGAUGAAGAUUGAAGUGACCUUAAUUAACCUGUGCUGUGCCCCACCCACGAGGAGUACUCAGUAGUGGGCUGUGGCUGUGUUAGACUUCCUGGAACAUGCCGCUCUCGAAAGAACUGAUGUGUUCAGAUAAUCUGUGUAGGGCUGUGAUUUAUAAUUUAAACUUUGAGUUGUAUUCUGAGGUAACCACAAAUUAAAUUCAACCAAACUUGGGUUACCAAGUGGGAAAGGGGGUUGGAGGAAUAAUCUUAUUUCUUUUAGUAAUUUUUUUUAUUUGGGUAGUGUUUUUUCUGUGUUCCAUAUUAAGGCCUUUUCCUUUUUCUUUUUUUCUUUUUUGCUUUGACUUGGAAUAGUUCUUUGACAGAGCAUAUUGCUUGGCUAAGUAACCUGAAUAUGCAUUGGAAUUGGGAAAUGUCUCAUGAAUUUGCCAGUCUCUAGAGUGGAACCAAAUGGUCUUUGAUGUAAAAGGCAGUAGAUGCAGGGGGCUCUACUUCAGGUGCUGCUAAAGCCUCCUGUAAUCAGGUCUAAAUUAUGUAGUAAACUGUGGUGGAAGGAGUAUGGUUUCUGCUCAGGCCAAGGGAGUCACUGACCUGUCCCUACAAAUUCAAAGCAGUGAGAGCAGAACCUCAACCUAAAACCCACUUAAGUUUUCAUGGAUCUUGCGUGAUCUUUGACAAGAAUUCCAGAUGCACUUGUGCCCAAACAUUUAAGGUAUUAGACGUUCUGUAGACGCAGAGAUUGUCCCAGCCUAGCUCUGUUGUCAACCUUCUGGUGUGUCUUUAUGUUGUUCAUUUGGAGAGUCAGGGGCAAAAGACAGGUGAUAUAGCACUUCUGUUUUUAGUAAUUACAGCUUAAACUAUCCAGUAAUUUUUAGUCCUAAAAAGGGACAUCAGGAUGCUACCCAGGAUUACUGAAAAGUCUUUCCAUCUAAUAAGAUAGUCUGGUAAUUUCCUAGUUUUGUAUCUUCGGUUCAAUAGAUAUAUUUCAAAGUGGCAUGUGACCACUUGAUUCAGAGUCCGGGUUUCUCUAUAAUAAAAUCCCUUUGCCAAAUGUAGGAGUUGCAGACUUGCUACUGGCAAGAGUGAAGCAAAUGAGUGAGUAAAACUAUUGUGAUGUGGGAGCAUUUUCCUCUAGGAGUUCAGUCUUGAUAAAAAUGUCAGUGCAGUAAUUGCACUCCUAGGAAGGUUACAGAAUCACCUGAGAGGACCUGCAAACCAUAUCUGGGCAAUAAUGUUGGCGUUAUUUGAGGUUGCAGGCAGGAUGCCUACAUUCUGAUGUACUUGGGUAAGUAGCUGAGCCAGCCAAGGAGAGGCUGGAUGAUUGAGAAACAAAGGAUUCUUGGUUAAUCUGAAGACUUCAUUUGGAAACCAAAAAUCUUUUAACAAAUAAUCUUGUGGACCUUGAGCUACAUAUUUCCCCUGAAAAAAAAAGUAUGCAUUUUUUCCAGCAAAAUUUUGUUGGGGGUUAUGUUACUGAGGAAUGAACUGAGAUGAAUAUGUGGAAAUGUUAUUUCAUGGCAUAGAAAUCUGAAGACCUGCAGGAGAUUUAAAAAUUCCAAACCUUGUUAGGACUUUUCACAGGAUUGUGAAAUUAUCAAAAUGCACAUGAAUCAAGUUUUAAUAUGCUGUAUGAUGGGUGGAUGAGGCUGUCCAUUGUACCAUUUCUUUCUUUAAAUUCUCAGGCAUGGUUUGGCAGUGCAAAAACUCUGUAACAUUAACAAAUUCAAUAAAAAGUAAAUAUAUGGAU